CUCACAAGUAAGGCCCACUCCGUCCAAAGGCUCUUUCUCUCUAUCCGUCGGAACCCAGACAACGUCACCUGAAGACAACGCCCCUACCUUGUCCGCCCCGCAGCGCGGACGACAAAGCGUGCAUAACGCGACCUCUCAAGGGCACCUAAGUUGGCUGUUUAUUCCCCUGCCCAAAAUAAUAUUAGAAAGGUACACCGGCCAGCCCACGCCAUCGAAAGAACGACGUCCGGCCCAGUCAAAGCGAAGUCAUAGCGUCGAAGCUCGUUGCUGGGGCACGCGGACGAAACGUACGUGUCUUUUCUGUAGACGUGCACAAAGAUCCAGCAUCUAAGCGUCGCAGACAAUGACGGACGAGAAUGCAGCCGCCGCCCUCUCGAGGAUGACGAUCGGGGAUGAGAAGUCGUAUUUGGGAGCUGCGGGAGGCAGUGCGGGCUUCAGACCAAAGACGAAGAUUUCAAUAUCGGUGAAGGCGGGUAGCGGUGGCGGCUUCAAUAACCACAGCAACAACAUCACCCACGACAACGUCAACAACAACAAGAUCAGCAGCAAGAACAAUCUCACCGACAGCAGCGGCACAGCUCCCUCGAGCCGACUCAGCAGGCAUCCGGUUACUUCCAGUAUUGAUGCAACCACCAGCAAAAGUGCAUCGAUGGAGCAGGUGACCUCGUCAAGAGGUCCGCUCACGAAGCUUGCAAUGGGCAGCAUUCAAAUCCAGCCCUUGUCAAGCGGCGAAGGGGCGCAGGGGCAGGCAGGGCCCUCGUCUGUCAAGGUAAGCUUGGGGGGCGCCGGGCCGAGCAGCCGUACCACAAGCGGUGCUGGCCCGAUUGCUCGAACAGUGAGCGGCGCAUGCGAUUAUAAGCAACAAAAACAACAGCCGCCGCCGCCGCCGCCGCCGCCGACGUCCGGAAUUACUGCUGUAGCGAUUCCACCGCCAUCCGCUUCAUUCGACAUAGGCAAGUACGAUGGCUCGCUCGAGCGAGACGAGAGGCGCGGAAGAAGAACCGGCGAAUUUGCGGGUGGCCUUCUUGAUUUUGAUGCCCAGAGGCUCUCGGCAGCACCUCCUAAGGCUUGGACGCUCAACGACUUUGAGCUUGGUCACCCGCUCGGAAAAGGCCGCUUUGGAAGGGUGUUUGUCGCGCGGACAAAGGAGCCAAUUGGUGGAGACCCCAAGAAAGGCGGAUACGUCAUUGCCCUCAAGACGCUCUACAAGCGCGAGGUGAGAGAAAAUAAUGUGAUCAAGCAAGUCAGGCGAGAAAUCGAGGUGCAGAUGAACCUGAGACAUCCUCACGUUUUGAGGCUACACGGUUACUUUCACGACGAGGGCAGAAUCUUUAUGAUGCUGGAGUUUGCUGCAAAAGGCGAGAUGUACAAGAUCAUGUCGAAACUUCCUGGCGGGCGAUGGGAAGAGCCGAAAGCGGCAAAGUACGUGGCCCAGAUGACGGACGCGCUUGCUUAUCUUCACUACAAGAACGUCAUCCACCGCGACAUCAAGCCAGAAAAUUUGCUCCUCUCCCUCAAGGACGAUCUCAAGAUUGCCGACUUCGGCUGGUCGGUGCAUGCUCCCAGCCAUCGCCGGACGACUAUGUGCGGCACGCUGGACUACCUGCCCCCGGAAAUCGUCGAACACAUGCAGUAUGAUGAGACGGUGGACUUGUGGUCGCUGGGCGUGCUCAUUUAUGAGUUCCUGCUCGGAGUCCCCCCGUUCGAGUCGACGAGCACCCAAUCGACCAACAAAAGGAUUGUAGCCGUCAACUUUGAGAUACCGUCAGCGUUCCCUCGUGAUGCUGGCGACCUCAUUAAGCGAGUCAGUCCUGUUUCUCCUCGCACUUCAGAUCCUCGUCUUCCUGCUGAUACACUCUUGCCACAGCUCCUACAGAAGGAACCAAAGAGACGGCUUCCACUGCGCGACGUGCUUCUACACCCUUGGCUCCAAAAAUGGCAACCUCAGACCUACCAUCAGGCCCUCGAGGGAGGUUACGUUUUUGCACGGGGAGAUGAGCCGCCAAAGAAGGAGAUGCUCGAUGCCGUCGCCGCCCGUCAGAAUUAUUAGUCAGAGGCCUGUCUGUAUCGCGAUGACGUUGUACCACGAGCGCGUCUUGUUCAAUCUGUAUCAGUGUCAUGGAUGUUCGAU